AUGAAGGAAUUAUCCCAAGACUCAAUAGAGGAAAGAUAUGAAAUGCUUAAGAACUUGUGCAAACAACAGAUCGUGAUAAAUGAGACUCUGAAAUUCGAAAUCACUAAGUUAAACAAUAUUAUCCGCAUAGUUUCUAGUGAGAAAGAUUUACUACUGGAUGAAUUAAUCAAUAAUCAUUCUACUUGUCGGAACGCUGUCAGAGACGACUCCAAACCUUUUCAAAAAUCGGUUAUCUCAACCGGCAACAAACGUCCUGUGAAUUUUUCCGAGAAUUGCCAGGAUCUAAAAAAAAUAAAGAGUGACCCGCCUGUCGCUGAUCAUAACGACAAUGCGGGUUUCCACAGUGACCCAACCAGUUUAUUAGCUUUGAAUUCAAUCUCAGCACAAGAAAAUGAAGAUCAUUGGAUUUCGCAUGACCAAGUAGAGACGAACCACAGUCAUCUGUCUGGUCAAUCAUCUCUUAUAUCUACUAAACCCAGGUUGCAAUACCAAAUUCCUUCAGUUCAUUCAAAGACAACCACUUCCGCUACUCCUAGUGGCGAUAAUGAUACCUCAUCACGGCUGCUAAGUUCUUCUGGAAAUACUUUGAAAUCAAGCCUUAGUAAUCCAGGAUCACCGCCUACAAUCACUUCAAAUACUCAUCUAGUCACACCAGUUGCUGCUAGUUUCAAUAACUUACCUACUACCCAGCGACCAAACAGAAGUGGUUCUCUUGUAACUAACUCGUCAGUAUGUCCUUCAAAUCCAUCGGUUCCUUAUGUAUCAUUCGCAUCCCAACGAACACCUAUUGGUUCCCACUCAAAAUAUGUAUCUGUAACAAACCGUCCCCUAAAAGUUGUUAGUCCUGGGACUGUAAAUAAUACAGCUAGUAACAUUUUAAAGUCUGUGACUUCGCCUACUAUAUCCCCUGGAAUUCGAUUGUCGAGUAGUCAACCAACAAACCAGCGUAUUUUAAUUCAGCCAAGCAACUGUAACGCUCGUUCGGUUGUCUUUCCUCGUCAACAAUCUCAUGCAAAUGAUUCUUGCGAAUUUGGGUAUUCAGAGAGAUGA